UGGCGGAAGUUUCACUCAGUUUUUGUGAUUUCGUACUAGUUUGCUCAAAAAAAGCUUCUUAAAAAGACAAAUCCAUGUUCAAGAUGUACUUGGCAAUAUUGUUUGUUGUUUUGUCAAUUAUGCUGACAUCGUCAUUAGUCGGCUCCUCCCGCAAUGACCAGAAGAUCAAAAUCUCAGUUUGGCAAGUGUCUGGUGACAAAGUUCGUAUUCAUUGGCAAUCGGCGUAUAAAAAGAUGAUCCAACAGUGUGAGCUGAGCAUCAACCCUUCACAUGGCGUCAACAUGAAGGUCAUUCAGAACUACAUUCCUUCUCAGAGUGGGUUUGAGGUGGACCAACUCAAGCCUUCAACAGAGUAUACAAUAUUCAUCCUGUGUCACGAUAACCUGAAGAAUACAUAUUCAUCGAACUUUGUCAGUUUUAAGACAGGUAAUGAUAGCCACUUGUUUAAAGCUGCAACGAAAGAUGGCAAAUAUUACGAAAGCCAUGAAUCUAGUAAAUAUUCUAGAGACUAUCCACGAGUGUUCCGUGAAAAACUAACGACAAGUGUCUCGACGUUAGACAUCGCAUUAGGUGUUGUCUUCAGCUUAUUUGGAGUGAUAAUCAUCAUAUCAGGUGCAUUCUAUUUUUGGAGAAAGUAUCAACGGAGACGGAGGAUUCGACGAUUCACCAGACAUCAAGACACGGACAGUUUUCCGGACCUUCAAACUACGGACAGCAAUUCAGACGUGCAACUUUCAUCACAAAAUUCGUUUGUUGUGUCAAUCUAAAAUUUUUAGAGGUCAUUGCGAGAUGGAUGUCAAUUUAUUGGUUUAUCCUCACGGUUUAUACUUUGAACCUGGACUGUUUUGAAGUGUUUAAUUUUCCACGAACAGAUGUCAAAUUGUAAAUUUUAAUUCAUUGAAGACCAAGUACUGUUGAAUUUUGUAUUAAAUUUUGUGGGCAGCUCUUCAUAAAUGUUGACUUAAUUAACUUGAAAUUUGGGUUGGACUGAUUUGAUAACAUUUAAAAAAUAUCCAGGUUUGGAGGAUAAUCAGUAAUGUUGGAUUUGGAGUUACAUCAUUAGUGUCAAUGAACAUCCAUUGUUAUCAAGAACAACUAACUUGUCUGUUAAUUCUUAAUAUGUACAAAAUGUAUAAAUCUGAAAUUCCAAUGCUGUCCUAUUCUAUCCUAUGCUGAAUAUUUUGUUCAUUGAUGACAAAGUAUUACAAUUACUUUGAACUUUGAUUGUACUUUUUCUGGAUUUAGAGCUUGUUGAAAAUCAUGCUACAUGAUCAGUUAUGAUGGGCUUCUUUUGUUCCCCGGUUCGUCCUCAGAAUGCAGAUGACAAAAUCGUCGGGCAUUAUGUUCAAUCAAAUUUUCUUACGUAAGUACUGCAUUUGGAUCCCAGGUUUUUUGAUUACAUCAAAAUCAAAUAGUUCAAUGUUGUGUGUGCCAAAAUAGUGGGGGGGGGGGGCCCAAAAUUACAACACCAAAGUCAAUUUGGGUUUUUUUUACCACCUGAAGCGGUUUUUGGAGGUCUAAAUGGUCAAAGCUGCUCCAAACGACCUUAAAAUGACAUCACAAAUGUCUGAGGGAAUGGGAAGUAUGUUAAGGAAAAAAAUUGUGUAAGCAUACAUUGUAGCUGAUCAUGCAGGGUGAAAAUGGUGACCGUCCAUGUGCUUUAAACAGUGAGUUCUUUGAUGAGUUUAUUUCAGUAGUAAAUAUUGUCGACUGGUUUAGAAUUUUAUUGUGAUGUUAAUAUGUGUUCAUGACAAUCUUUAUAUUGUCCAGUCAAGCCUCUACAAAGAAUGUUACUUUUGGGGCCAUACUUUAAAGUGCGAACCCAUCUGAGGGGUCAAGAAAAUGUUUGGCACGUAUUCACUGCGUAUUUUCCUGUACAUUUUGUGCACAAGGAGGAGGGGUCAUGAAAAUCAGAAAAAUGUACAUACUAUUACAUGUACUUUAAGUAUGGCCUGUUGUCAAAACAGUUCUCAUGAAGUUACGUCUAAAAUGAGUUUGAAAUAAUAAGUGCAAUAUUGUAGCGAAACCACUUGGUAUGGGCAAGGGCUGUGUGCAAGAAACAGUUAUUCAAAGACUGGAGGCAGUUAGAGAGUGAUAGAUGACAUUGUAGGGCAGGGAAGAAAUAGUGUUCAAUAUUUGUCUAUUAUUUAUCAAUCCAAUGCAUCAAUUCUGAGUAAAUUGACUUGGAAAAUGUUAUGUUUGAGCACUUAUGUUGUGGUGGUUGUCCAUAUUGUGCUGGCUGUGACAACAACAGGUUGCACCAUGUAAAUUGAAAUAUAUACCCACCGUCUGCAUUAUUUUAGUCACUGGAGAAGAAUCUGCCACCCCUGGUAGCAUGGUGGCAAACUAGUUGGCAUCACUUUCAGGGCUAGAGUUUGAGGCUGUGGGGGGGGGGGGGCGAAGCCACUUUGGCCUUGACUAUCUUGCACUUGUCAGGGGCAUGGAGUCCAACCAGGGAGGAACUGAGGCCAACUAUUCCUGCCGCACUAGAACAGAGGGCAGGCCCGUGAUGGCUUAUUUGAUUGUUAAACUUGUAGGGACAGGGAGCCAUUUAGGAAGGCACUGCGGCCUAUGGCCUUGGUGUCACAGUAAGAAUCAAUCCCUACACUUUUGUGGAGACAUGAAAGUCCCUAGCACUUGCUGUAUUAUUUCCUUGUUGGCUCACCGUAGGGGAGUCUAUACAACACCGCAGUGUCCGUCGUCCGUCGUCGUCCGUCGUCGUCGUCGUCGUCGUCGUCGUCGUCGUCGUCGUCGUCGUCGUCGUCGUCGUCGUCGUUGUCCGUCGUAUCCUAGUUCAAAAACAGUGGCACGUUUUUUAACCGCUAGGCCUAUGAACUUAAAACUUUGUACACAUGACCCCCUAGGUCAGAUGACCCGUGACACUAAAUUUCUGUCCGAUCUGAUUCUCUACUUGGCCACCAGGGGGCCAAAUGUGGAUAUCUAAAAAGUGUGAUAUCUCGCUUAUUAGUGUCUUGUUUUCGAUAAAACUUUUGUGGUAGGUACUCAUAUCAAGGAUACAUCAUAUAUCUUACGGGUUUUUAAUUUGAUCUACUUUUCAAGGUCGCAGAGGUCAAAUGGCGUGAAUUGGCCGUUUGAGUGUAACUAUGGCACGUUUCUCAACCACCAAAGCUAUGAGCUUGAAACUUGGUACAUAUAACCCCCUAUAUCAGAUAACCUCUGGUGCUGAAUUUCAGCCUGAUCUGAUUCUUGACUUUGCCACCAGGGGGCCAAAACUGAAAAAGUAAGAAGUGCAAUAGCCUGUUUAUUAGCAAAUUGUUUUUGAUGAAAUUUUUAUGGCAGGGACCCCUAGCAAGGUUACCUCAGAUGUUGCACGAUUUUUCGGAUUUGACGUACUUUUUAAGGUCGCAGAGGUCAAAUGGCGUAAAUUGGCCGUUUGAGUGUAACUAUGGCACGUUUCUCAACCGCAACAGUAAUGAACUUGAAACUUUGAACAAAUGACCCCCUAGGUCAGUUGACCUUUUACACUGAAUUUUGGUUCGUUCUGAUUAUUGACUUGGCCACCAGGGGGCCCAAACUCAAAACUCAAAAAGUGUGAUUUCUCGCUUAUUACUGAUUUGUUUUUGAUAAAAGUUUCAUGGUAGGUACUCCCAGCAAGGAUACAUCACAUAUCUUACAGGUUUUUGAUUUGACCCACCUUUCAAGUUCACAGAGGUCAAAGUUGAAAACUUUACCGUUCUUGGUACGUUUUGUCGUUGUUCAAUGUAAAGAGUUUUAAUUUUGUGUAAUGAUGAAUCUAAGAAGCCACUAUUUGUAUGCCAAGUUUCAGCCAGAUCGGAAUUCAAAUAUGGCCGAAAUUGCAUCUUUUGUGGGUUUUUCCUCGUAUUGUGGCAAUCAAAAGGUCGUGAGUUCAAACCCCGGUCAAGGACAGCCAAAAAUAUUUUUAUUUUUCAUCUUUUCCUUUUUUCUUUUCUGAGUUCUAUCUUACAUUUUCUUCAUUUUUUUAUUCAUUUGGUGCCAUAGAUUUAAUUUGGCGGCCAUCUUGGAAAUCGUUUUUUGCCGAUUGCUGUAGUGUAACGAGUGAUGAAAUUGUUAUGGUCAGGUGGAUGUGUCUACAUCACAUAUCACCCUGGUUUGUUAUUUGACCUACCUGUCAGGGUCACUGAGGUCAAAGUUAAAAAUAUAUUCACCAUUGUCAUACUGUAGCACUUUCUGUAACUGUCUACUAAAAAUACUUACGGUGAGCACAAUGGCCCCUGGCCGUUUCAUUUUUAUUGUUGAUCUGUUUAAUUGUAAAAAGUGUACAUCUAGGAAAGGCACAUCUAUGAGGAGUAAAACAUUUGCAUAGACUUUUGCAAUAAUUGUUCUCAACUUGCUAAUAAAUCUUGUAUUGUUUA